AUUGGAGUUACCAGUUUUAUAGAUGCUUCAUUAUUAUAUGGUUCAGAUGAAAUCAUAGCACAUUCUUUACGAACAUUCUCUCAUGGAAAACUCAGGAGACAGAUAGGACCUAAAGGAAAAUCAUAUUUACCCAAUGUUAAACAAGCAACAAAAGAAUGCACCGUGGCUAAUGAUGCGACUGUGUGUUAUGCUGCCGGUAAUUUAUAA